UAUUUAAACUCGAAAGAGCCUGGUAUAUUAUUUAUUAUUCCCGUGGUGUCGGCAAUCCCGAUAGUCGAUGGCAAUCAAUCUUUCCCUAUUUACGCAUCGGUCGGUAAAGAUUGGCAUUUCGAGAGCAUUCACAUGAUUCGCGGUUAGCCGUUUUGUGAUCUUUCGGUUCACACGUAUAGACACGCGCUACGUACAGUUUCGUGUGGUUUCGUAGCUGUUCCAAUUCAUGUCUAGAGUCUCGUAGUGAUUAGUUUCGCAGGGACAGCAAAAUUCAGGUGUGAGGUGAGCGCGAAACCGAGAAAACGAGCCGGAAAUCUCGAGUCUUCUGAGAGAUCGACCCCGUCGAAACGCCUUCGGAAAAUCAGAAAGUUACUCGGACACUGCAUAGCCUUUCUCUCGAUUGCGGCCACCACUUGGAAGAGGUCUUGACACAUCGGAUAUUAAUUUCACCGAACUGGUGCUCCGUGCUCCAAGAUAAAAAUGGCUCGUGGACAUCAGAAAAUUCAGUCACAGGCAAAGGCAGCGGAGAAAGCUGCAAAAGUUAAGAAACAACAAGGACACAGUGCCAAUGACCAAAAGAAGGCAGCGCAAAAAGCUCUCGUCCACGUGUGUGCCGUUUGCAAGGCACAGAUGCCUGACCCUAAGACCUACAAACAGCACUUUGAGAACAAACAUCCAAAAAAUGACCUUCCGGAUGACUUGAAGAAUAUAUGAGGGUAGAAUCCAUUGUAGCCAUAAGGGCCAAUGGAAGGAAAGCAAAAUGAGACAAGAACGCCAGUUCGUGCAAUUAACUUACAGCAUGAUAUAGUAUAAGAUUCAUCUGAUGGUUAAUUACCUUCCAACAGAGAAAUAAAUUAAACCCCGUUGUUACGUUUCAAAGGUAUUCUAGUACACUCAAGGAAUGAACUUUUGUGCACAAUCUAUAUGUUAAUAUGUAAUAUACUUAAUUUUGUACUUGCUGACAUUCGUAAGGUUCGAUGUGGUAGUAGCUGUGAACGAAACUUUCCUUUUUGUAAGCACUACCAUCGGUCGAUAUCGCUGACUGAUCUAGGCGAAUUUUGUACAAUGAUUUUUAAAUGGCGUAUUAGUAUGCCUAUUAAUUUAACAUAGAAAAUGUCGACUUUUGAUAUCUAACAGUAGCUGUUGUGAAUUUCUGGAGUAAAGAUAUUAAAACGUCAUAGAAUAUUUGCCAUGAUAAAA